UAAUCAUUUGUUCAGCUCUCAGCAGGGAUUAUGAUUUUCCAGGAAGGAGGAGAUGGAGGAGGAGGGGUGGGGGGUUUCUCGGUCUUUUAACACCGCUUCCAUCCCAGUUUCUCCUCUCUUCACCUCCUCUCAUCUCGGCGGUCGGGAAGGACACAAGCCAAAGCCUCUGUCCCUCUCCAGCUGAACGAGAAGCGGUCUGUCGCUUCAGCUCUGAGACGCUGCUGGAGGAAAUUUUUGGUCGGAAAGCAGACAAUAAGAGCUGCACCUGUCCGGAGGCUGCUUCUGGAAGACAGCGAGGCGCAACUUCUGCAAAACGACACCGAGAGUUGUUGAAAAUGAAACUGGAUGCGCCUCUACCAGUGCUGCUGUGUGCCAUCUGUCUCCUCGUCCUGCCGUCGCCCUCUACUUCCCAACACGACUCAGCUUGCCUUUCCCCAGAUGAUUCGAAGCUUCUCCAGGUAACCAUCCCCACCACCCCGGUUGUGUCUGUCGUGCUGGGCGGCGCUCUGACUUUACCCUGCCUGGUGUCUUUGACCCACCCGCCCCCGUCCCCGUCCACUAAUGGCCGCCACGCCGUGCUGUCCGUCCCCCGGGUCAAAUGGAGCAUUCUGACUCACGGCAAAGAGACGGAGAUCCUGGUGGCCCGAGGUGACAGGGUGAGGGUCAGCGAGGCCUACAAGGACCGAGCCUCGCUGCUCAAUUACGCCUACUCACCUGCCGACCUCACCCUGCAUCUGGAGAGCCUGAGGCACAACGACACCGGCUUCUACCGCUGUGAGGUGCAGCAGGGCCUGGAGGAUGCUGACGAUGUGGUUCAGGUGAAGAUCAAAGGAGUGGUGUUCCAUUAUCGUGAUGCAUCCAGCCGGUACGCCUUCACUUUUGAGCAGGCCAGAGAGGCCUGUGAGGACAUCGGGGCUGAAAUUGCCUCCCCAGAGCAGCUCCUCGCAGCCUACAACAGUGGAUACGAGCAGUGUGACGCCGGCUGGCUCUCUGAUCACUCAGUCAGAUAUCCCAUUCAAAUGCCAAGAGAGGGCUGCUUUGGAGACAUGGAUGGAAUGCCAGGGGUGAGGAAUUAUGGACUGUUGGAGCCUGAUGAGCUGUAUGACGUCUACUGCUACAUAGAGAACAUUCAGGGUGAGGUGUUCCAUGGCUCUGCCCCCCAGCGUUUCACCUUCUGGGAGGCCAAGGCCUACUGUCUGAGUCACGGAGCUGAGCUGGCCACCACAGCUCAGCUGUACGCAGCCUGGAAUGAUGGACUGAACCACUGCAGCCCGGGGUGGCUGGCAGACGGGAGCGUGCGAUAUCCAAUCGUCACCCCUAGAGAGCGCUGUGGAGGCGGUGAACCUGGAGUCAGAACCGUUUACAGAUACAGCAACCAGACGGGCUUCCCUGAGACUAAUUGUCGACACGACGCCUACUGCUUCAGAAGUGAUAAUGGCCUUUACACAGAAUCUCCGCAGGAUUUUCUUGCCACUGAGCCAGAGGACAUUGGCCAAGACAUUGUUUUCUUUACUAAUCCUGCUCAGGAGGAGGUCAGCCAGAGUGAGGUAACACCCACAAUAGUUGAAGAGGUGCAACGUGCCCUGAUGACAAAUCCAGCAAAACAGGACCCUGUUGAGACUCACUCUACAACAUUAGAUUAUGACAAGGAGCCUCUCCUCACAGUAGACCGUCCUCAGUCUGUAACUCCUCUGUCUGAGCAUCAAGAGCAUCUGCCCACCAAAGACACCUGGACACCCAUAGAGAAAGCCAGCUACCCUGAAUCCUAUCAGCCAGCACCUGAAGAAAACCCAGACACAGAUGAUGAAGAGUCUCAUGUGCAUCCACCAACUUCCCCAACAGAUGAUAAUGAAGUAACUGUUGCCGAAGACUCCAAUAUACCCUCAACUGAUCCAUCAACUAUAGUGAAUAAAAACACCUUAGAGCCUCACAUUUCUGACACUGAAAGCCCAGAUACUCUAGAUGUCAAUGCAACAUCUGGAGCUGAUGUGUACGAGCAGCUCAACAGCUCCUCAGAGGUGCAUCAGGAGAGUGAUCUCCCUGUUUUACAAGAGGACCACACUCCAGAUGCCCACUUGGAACACGCCUCUGGAACAGAGCUGGCCUACUCGAGCACUUCUUCUGAUGUUUUAGAACAGCCAGAAGAAGCCAGCACUGGUACUGCUGAGGAGACGACUUCACUCCACGCCGAGGAAACAGAUGUUCACUCCAGCACUCUGUUACCAUCUCUUGAUAAAAGUACAUCUGAGAACCAUCAAACUGAAGAGGACACUGAAGGGGAGAGUGGAAAUCUUCCACCAGAUGAAGAAAUACAGAACUCUGUGACGCAUAGUUUGGUUGGUAUGGACACUGCUGUCACCUCUGAAGUGGCACCUACAUCUAAUUCAAGUUAUGAUACCACUGAAGAGCACUCAGUUGUAACAAUAGAGUCGUUCAUCCCGGUUGACCAGGGUGAUGAGGAUUUCAAUAGCACUUCAGAGGAGGCAGCACCAGAUGAUCCAACAAAGCAAAGUGGACACAUCCAACCAACAGAAAUCCCAACAACAGAGGUCAUCUCAGUCACGGAAGGCUCAGGCUCCAGUGUAGAUGCCCCUGUCCUUCACAGCGAUCCAGUCACUUUGUUGCCAUCCCCAGCCUCCGUAACACUGUCUCCUCCUUCUGUGGAGGUUGAGGCCAGCUCCCCAGAGAUCAUCACUUUCAUACCUGAAAGUAAUGUUUCAUCCGGGUCUGAACCUCCGGAGGACAUUCAGGAUAAACUUGAACAAGAGGGAUUAGGAGAAAGCCCAAUAGUCUUCCUCAGCACAACCCAAAAUAUCACAGACAGCAAUCCAGAGGAGAGGGAGGAAGACACCGGCGAGGAAUCAGGUGAAUCGUCAGGAGAAAACCCACACAUGAAACCAGAACUCCUGCUGACGAACCCAACUCUUUCAACGGACCACACUUCUGAGGGAACAGAUGACGAGGUGGGCACCGACGCACCUCCUCCAUCAGAGAUAAAAAUCACACUCAUCCCUCAUCUGACCCUCACACCUGGUUGGGAACAUGAGCCUUCGUCCGCCACACCUCAGGAGUCUCGGUCUGACCGGGAGUACAGCGCUGAGCCUCCUGUCGCUGAGGAAUCUGAUGACGUCUCUCAGGAGCAAGAUGUCAUGUUGGAGAGCACAACCAGCAGCAUUAAUGAACAUGUUGAGGGGGAGACCGGCACAGAUGAGCCUGUAGUUAAAAUAUGCACCUGGCGUCCAGAAGAGGAGGACAUCUCCAGUCUGACCACCGACAGCAGUGAUGUGACCAUCGUUGCUCCCACCAUUCACCCCGAGAAUAACAGGGAAGAGGUGGAGGAGCAGACUGCAUCUCUGCCUGCCGUCAAAGUUUCCGCUGUGAGACAUGGAGCCCUUUCAGACUCCUGCCUGGAGAACCCUUGUUUGAAUGGAGGCACAUGCGUUGACGGUGAAUCAAUAAGAUGCUUUUGUUUGCCCGGUUAUGGAGGAGACUUGUGCCAGACAGACUUGGAGGUUUGUGAGCCGGGCUGGGAGAAGUUUCAGGGCUUUUGUUAUCGUCACUUUAGCAAACGGCAGAGCUGGGAGGCGGCUGAGCAGCACUGUCGGAUGUGUGGCGGACAUCUGCUGUCGGUCAUGACUCCUGAGGAGCAGGACUACAUCAACGACAAAUACAGAGAAUAUCAAUGGAUUGGACUCAAUGACAGAACCAUUGAAGGAGACUUCCGCUGGUCAGAUGGCAGCCCUCUGCUCUAUGAGAACUGGUACAGAGGUCAGCCUGACAGCUACUUCCUGUCUGGCGAGGACUGCGCGGUGAUGGUGUGGCACGAUGGCGGCCACUGGAGCGAUGUGCCGUGCAACUACCAUCUAUCAUACACCUGCAAGAAGGGCGUCUCCUCCUGUGGCGAGCCCCCCCAGGUUCCCUUUGCUAAGGUGUUUGGGAAGAAGCGGUCGCGCUACGAGACCAACACCAAGGUGCGGUACUACUGUGAAGAGGGGUUCAUGCAGAAACUGAACCCUGUAAUCAAAUGCCUGCCUGGUGGUCAAUGGGAGGAGCCUCUGAUUACCUGCAUGGCAACCCAUCCAGUAGAAGAGGACACAGUUACCUCACAUCCUGACCAGCAUGAAGACGUCAUGGAGCUCCAGGGUGCAGCCACAGAGAAAGCAACUCCACUGUUCUGGGACAUUAAGUGGAAUGAUUAAAGCCAUCAUGCCUUUCUUCUUCUUUUUUUUUAAUGGCAUUCCUCCUCCUGUUUUUCUGCUUUUCUCUUGUCUCAAAAGACUGCUCAGCCCACUUUCUGCAUCAUGUUUAGCUGCAUCAAUCCCACUGAAAUCUUGUCAAGGCCACAAAUCAUGGAAAGUCAUGGAAAUUGCUAUUACCCAAAUAUGUGUUUUCCAGUACUGCAGAGCGACGCAAGCUUGAGAUGUGGUCAAAAAACCCCUCUCUUAUCUCAUUUGAUCUUAAAAAAAAUUACAACAUUGGUGAGUAGUUUAUGAAACUUAUCUCUUGCAAUAGCGAGACAAGCAAACUUUGCGACGCAUCUCUUUCAAAAAUAAGCAGAGAAGUGAAUGUUAUUCAUAACUUGACGGUUUAUACUCAUUUUGAAUGGUUCCACAUGUUUAGCCAAUGGAAUUCUUCUGGCUUACACCUAAAAACAAACAAACAGUAAAAACAUGCACAUUGUGUCUCUGAAAACGUGGCAGUCAUUGAUUCAUUUAGCCAUUUGAAAAACACUUACUGCACUGAACCUGCUUGGUCUAGAUUUCCCUGGAUAGCACUAAACAGCAACACUUUGGAUCACCAUUCUGUGUUUGGAUUGUUGGAAGAUGCAUUCUUAUUUUUCAGUUUCACACAGAAGGACAAUGUGUAAUUAUGCAGUAUAGUAUCAUUUAUAUAAAACAGUGAUUUACAAGACACUGAAUUUAAUCAGGGUAAUAUCUGAGACAGUUCUGAUCUUGCCUAAAGUACAAGUUAAUCCUGCAAAUGUAAGUUUUAUAAGGCUUACCUCCUUGAAACACAUUAAAUAGAGGAUAUUAUGUAAACCAAGUAGAUGAUAUCAAGAACUGCUGCAUGCAGGAUUUCUUUUUAAUAUAAAUAAAAUGUUCUUAUUUACAGCAAAGGAAAAUUACAUAUUUACUUAAGUAUGAAGGUUGCUUUUGCAAUCAGCCCUUCUGUAGAUGAACAUAGUUGUGCUGGACGUAAAGUUAGUAGACAUUUAAUUCAGCCUGUGUCAGCGCCUGACACUGUAUUUUAACAUUUUUAACAAACUGCUGUUCAUGAUAGUCUUCAAAGUCCAUGUCUCCAAGUGUGAACUGCUUGUUGACAUUACCUGGUCUGACAUUUGCUAAACCUGUUGGGCUUAGAGUCAGACAGUUCCUCAUUUGUACUGUAGCGUUGAAAGCUGCCUCAAAUAUGUGGCACGUUUAUUGGAUAUUUCAGAACAAUGAAAGUUAAAUAAAUACGGCUUCACUGUUGUGAUUUAGUGCAAUGGUUCAUCACAGCCAAACAUCACAUGUAGUCACCUCUAGCUGGAAGCACAAUCAAGAUUGUUAACCCCAGGUACAGCCACUUUUGCAGCUGUAUUGACUUCACUGACCAAAAUAUGUUUUUCAUUUAAUGGCACAAUGUUGAUAACCAAAUAACCUAAAAAGUCUUUUUUCUUUAAAGAAAUUAUCUAAAAAUACUACUUGCAUCUCGAUUGUGUUUUUUUUCUUUAACUCAUUUAGACUUUGGACUGCCAGGCAACAAAUGAAUUGUUUUUUUGUUCUUCCACUAUGGUCUGACAAAAAAAUGCUAUACAGUUGAAUCUUAUUAUUUCUAAAAAUCGUUGUCAGCUGUAUGAAUGAUAGGAGUACUUGUUUGUUACAAUCAAGUAUUCCCAUGAUGUUUUAAUUAUGCAGUUUUACAAAAUAUGACAGCGAUAUUCUGCAAGAAGAGGCCCAUAAAUUGGAGGAAUGAUGUACCAUAGCAAUCAUUUGGUAAUGCACAUUGCGGACACAUUUGAAAUUAAUUUAAAUAUGAUGAUUAGUCUAGCUUUGUCUUUUUGGUUACUCAGUUGGUUGGACACUUCCAGUCAUUUUCCACAUAGUUGUCUCCUGUAGUGAUACUACUGUAUCUUUUUUUUUUCACAAAAUGGGCUCGUCUUUUUUUUUUUUGCUUGACUUUAAAGUUGAGAUAACAGGAGGAGGCAGAGGUAGGGACAUGCUAGUCUUUCUUAAGAACUGUACAGAUACAGUUUAUAGCUGAGAUCCACUCACAGAGUGAGUCACCGUCGUCUGACUGAUCAGAUACCAUUCUGAUUACAACUUGUUUUGUGUUGCUAACAUGGGUUUUUCCUGAUCCAAAUACAUGUUAAUACUGUGAGCGUGUGGAGACAGAGUGACUGCACAUCCAUUUUAUUUCCCACCUGUGUGCUGGAGAGCUGCUGUCAGUGAUCACACCUGAAGUGACUCUCAGCGAUUACACUGAACUCCAGCCAUGUGGAUGUGGUUCCCUUUGAUUGCACUUCCACUGUGUUUUACUGUGAUAGCAGAGAGUAUUCUCAGAUACAUCUUUAAGCACAAUGUUAAUGUCAGCAGAUAUAAUAAAUUAAUGUCUCAACGGUUGCUUCUUGGAGAGGAAAGAGUUUUUUAUUUUUUCAUUUUGCUGAAGGAAUAAAAAUGGGAUUCCACUCAGACAAAGUCGAACCAUUCGACUAUCUCUGAGCUCGUAUGACAUUUUCUCAAGUGUGCAGAUCACUGACUCUGCUCGUCCUCUGGUGCUUUUUAUUCAGGUGUCUCUUGGACUUUGUACUAUGACGUGCUAAUAUGAACUGCACUGUAUCCAGCCAGAACUGUAUUAACAUGCAGCGUUCUAAUCAGACUUUGACUUUAAAAGCUAUUUAGACAAUUGUGUUCUUUGAGGAAGGAAAAAAUGAUAUUUUAAUGUCACUAAUGCCACCACUGCAACCAAGUACAGUCAUGAUCACAACAACAAUGCAGAUGAUGUUAACUGUUGAUCUCAUGAAUCUAUAGGAAAUAAAUGUAGAAAUGAUGCAGUAAAAAUAGAUCCAAUAAAAAUUAUUUGGUUUUUACAUUAGUCUGAAUUUCUGUUACAUUUUGUCUUCUCAUUUAACUGUAUAAAAACAUUAAAAGUAGUGUUUGUAAGAAUUCA